AUGGUGGACCGACGAGCUAGCGACGCAGCUCCUCCACUUCAGACGCCCAUUGCCCCCGUUGCAAAGCGGAAACGACGUGCCUCCUGCCUGGGAGAACAGGAGCGACGCGAGAGAAAGAGAGCUAUUGACCGCGAAGCCCAGCGCUCACUAAGAGAAAAGACCAAAACGCAUAUUGCAGAGCUGGAGCGAACUAUACAGAUACUCCGAGAUCAAGAUCGUAAUGGAGCGACCGCGAGUCUACUGUCUGAGAUUGAUAGCCUGCGAGUGGAGAACGAACGGCUGAGAGAUGUAAUCGAUAGCGUCAAAAGCGUGGUGGGACUGGACUUUGGCGUGUCCGGUAAGACUGCUGCGACAGUAAUGCCACGUCCACGGGCAGAUGAUGGUGGUGAUGAAGGCACCUCCCCUGCUGCGACCAGUGCCGGCCAUCAGUCACCUAAGCCAUGCGCGAUCUCGUCUAGCAGUGCGACAAAACCAUGUCCAUCAACACCCAUCGAUCAAGCAACUACUUUUGUUCCGUCUGCGGUCAAGCGACCGCUCGAUCUUGAUGGCAUGACGGUCAUGACAGACCUGCAUCCACCGGUAAUGCUGGCAAAUCAAAGUCAACAAGUCGAAAUGGAGCUCGACCUCCAACCAGUUCGAGAAAGCUCAGAAGAAGGGGAGGUAGAAGACUUACCCUGGGGCAAUGCACCAGCAACAGCGACCUGGGCACCCAUGAUGGAAGAAAUCUUCGGUCCGAACUGGCGUUGUCCCUCGCCUACUAUCCUCCACAUCGGCAAUCCAGACAACCCAACCUCGAACUUUUCCUCGAUCUGCCCCGUCUGGAAAAAGAGCAACGAGCUCUUCGGCAAAGUCUUCACCUACCAUUAUCGUUCCCCAGGUGCCACGAGCAGCUCUUCUUCCUCCAACAAUAGUCUAGUGCGGUCUGAUACUGCAGAAGCAGGACUGCUCUACCUAGGCAUAAAACAGGGUUGGGACAACUUACCCUCACUGGAAUGGAUGAAGAGUCCAGCGCUCACAAUCUUGAAACAGGUUGACGAGCUGCUUUUCAAGCAUCUGCCCAACGUAGAGAGGUUGGCUGUGGCGUAUAAGAGUUUCAAGUUGCUCAAGGUACGUUGA